AUGACGCAUGCGGAAGAAGGUUGAAAAUAUCCCGAAGGCGCGCACUCUUGAUUCAUCGAAAUAGUCGAAAUAAAUCUGUUAAAGAACUGAACUGAAGGAGCCCGUACCUCGGCACACAUCAUGCAGGAGGACACGAGCCGCAGCCCCAGCUACACGGUAGCAUGUGAGGACUACGUUCAUGUGGUGGAGUUCAGUCCUUUCACCUCGGGAAGUCCUGCCUCUCUCCUGGCCUAUGGUGGAAACCAGUAUGUGGUGGUGGGCGCCUGCAUCUUCCAGGAGGAGGAUGUGGAGAUUGAGGGAGUUGAAUUCAACGUCCUCCGAGCUUUCCACCAUGACUUACGCGUCGAUGCUCUGGCCUGGAGUCCAGAAUCACGGCUGGACAGGAUACCCACGAUCAGACUGUGCACUGCGGCGGCUGACAGAAAGCUGCGCCUGCUGACAUCUGAUCUUCAGGAUAGGCAUGAAAUCAAGGUGAUGGAGGGGCACACCAGUUACAUUAACCAUUUGGUGUUCGAUCCCAUAGAGGGGAAACAAAUUGCUUCCGUCAGCGAUGACCACACUUGCAGGGUGUGGGACCUGGAUGGAAAUGAAAGCAGUACUUUCAGACUUCGCUCUCCUGGAGUCAGCGUGUGCUGGCACCCAGAGGAAGCAUGUAAGUUAAUGGUGGCAGAGAAGAAGGGGACAAUCCGUUUCUACGACCUGGUCACCCAGCAGGCCAUUCUGUCGCUGGAGUGUGGCCAGUCGCCGCUCAUGUCGGCCGACUGGUGCCUCACCAACACCAUCAAAGUCGGUGCUGUGGCAGGCAACGACUGGCUCAUCUGGGACAUAACUCGCUCCAGUUACCCACAAGAAAAGAGACCAGCACACAUUGAUAAAGCACGGUCGUUCAAGUGGUCGCGAGCCAAUGAAAACCUCUUUGCCACCACUGGAUGUCAAGGCAAAAUCAGCAGUCAGUUACUCAUCCACCAUCUUGGCCACCCGCAGCCGGUGAUGAUCGGAUCGGCCACGGUAGGGUCGGGCCUCAGCUGGCACCGGGCACUACCGCUUUGUGUUAUCGGUGGCGACAGGAAACUUUGCUUUUGGAUGACCGAGAUGUAGACGUCCUGUGCAGCACCUUCCAUGGUGGAUACAUCGGUCCUCUGUUUCUACUCUAGUAAAUAAUGAAUAAAAAAAAAUAUUUUUUGAGUA